AUCCUUCAUAUGCCACGCCCCCAUCCGUCUUCUUCUCGCUCUUUCUACCUUCCCUUCCUUUCUUUUGGCCUUGAUGUCUUCCUAGAAACCCUCUGUAUAACACCCCGUUGAGCUUCUAACCUGCACCCUGUGACAAGAGCAUUACCUUUGUGGCGUUGUCUAGCGUUGUCCGUUUUCCCCUUCCGAGCUUUCCCCCAUCAGGCUCCCAACCAAUAUGAGCUGAUUCCGGAGAGUUCGCGUUGUUGUCAUAUCACUCAGCAUCCAGACAACUCUCUCGAAAACAUCAACCUCUGUCAAGAUGCAGUAUGUCCGGAGUCUAGGGAACGGAGUCUCCAAGACAUGGAAUUCCAUCAACCCGGCAACCUUGUCCGGGGCCAUUGAUGUUAUUGUGAUCGAACAGCCCGAUGGCUCUCUGGCCUGCUCCCCUUUCCAUGUCCGCUUUGGCAAGUUCUCUUUACUGCGGCCGUCGGACAAGAAGGUUGAAUUCAAAGUCAAUGGAGUCGCUCAACCCUACGCCAUGAAACUCGGGGAUGGAGGUGAAGCCUUCUUUGUCUUCGAGACAUCGAGUGACAUUCCCGAAGGGUUACAGACAUCUCCUUUAAUUUCUCCCGCCAGCAGUCCACCUAUAAAUGCCUCAGAUAGACCUCCCUCGCCUGGUCUUUCGGAACCAUCCUACUUGGAUAUCACAGAGGCUGCCAAGGGUCGCAGUACCCCUCCCAUCUCAAGUUCAGCGCCCGUUCCCAUAAUAAGGCGAGAGGGGACGAACGUGAGCGAAGAAAUUGAUCUAGGUACCAUACACACUGAUCCAACUGGAACUCCUCUGUCCGACACGACUCUCACCUCUCCUGCUUCACUGGGGGGGACGGCAUCAGAAGAGAUCCUCCCCAUCGCUACUCGACAGCAGUUGGAUUCGGUUAGUGGAGCUUUUCACAACAACGGCAUCCCUCCUUCGCCUCAGUUCGGUCUGGACGGGACGGCUACUCCAAAAGCUUCCGCCAGCCCUCCCGCUUUGAAACCGAAACAAGCAUAUGACCGAGCAAUGACCCUUUCCAAGAAACUCUCUUCAUCCAAUAUCCGAUCCCAGGUUACCGAGUCCGGAGACCUCAUGCUUGACAUGACGGGUUAUAAGACGAGUGAACCCGAAGCCUUGCGAGCAGAAGCCGUGGCUCGGAAAAUUCUUUCAGAAGAAUUGGAAGGGAACUACGAUAUUGGAUCCUUGAUUGGAACCGACGAGCACGGAAACCUGUGGAUAUAUAGCAGCGAGGAGGCCCGAGAUGCGGCUGCUCGAAAAUGGGCGUCUCAAAACCCCGAGUCAACUACCGUGCUUUCGGCGGACAACAUUUCCGAUCCUGGCUAUCACAGCGACAGCGACCGCAGCGCCUCGCCGCAGCUUACAGCGAAAACUUCUGGCCACCAGCGCGCACAGUCUGAAGAGAUCCAACCGUCUCGCACUUCCGGGGAGCAAGCUCGAAAUUUCGCGAAGACGCUCCGCCUAACGAGUGAUCAACUGAAGUCACUUAACCUGAAACAGGGUGAAAAUCAAAUGUCGUUCACCGUCAACCGGGCCACAUGCAUUGCUUACAUGUUUUACUGGACCUGUGACGUCCCCAUUGUGAUAUCGGAUAUUGAUGGUACAAUCACCAAGUCGGAUGCAUUGGGCCAUCUACUCAAUAUGGUUGGGCGCGACUGGACGCAUGUCGGCGUGGCAAAGUUGUACUCCGACAUCGUUGCCAAUGGCUACAACAUUUUUUAUUUGACGAGUCGCUCUGUUGGACAAGCCGACACAACCCGAACCUAUCUCAACGGGAUUACACAAGAUGGCUGGAAACUGCCUCGCGGCCCCGUUAUCAUGAGCCCUGAUCGGACGAUUGCCGCACUGCGGCGAGAGAUAUACUUGCGGAAACCGGAAGUCUUCAAAAUGGCCUGCCUGAGAGAUAUCCUGAACUUGUUCCCUGGCAAGACUAACCCAUUCUACGCCGGGUUUGGCAAUCGCUUCACAGACGCGCUGAGUUACCGCAGCGUCAACAUUCCUUCGACACGGAUCUUCACAAUCAACACCAAUGCAGAGGUGUCGCUGGAUCUGUUGACGCUGAACAAAUACCGCAGCAGCUACGUGUCGAUGCGUGAGUUGGUUGAUCAUUUCUUUCCGCCCGUGUCGACGCUGGUCAGAGAGGGAGGAGAGGACUAUACCGACUUUACAUACUGGCGAGACACGCCGCAGGACCUGGAAGACUUUGAGCCGACAGAUUCAGAAGAGGAGGAUGAGGAGGAUGAAGACUUGGAGGACGAGGAAGACGAAGCCGAAGUUGCAUCGGACAACGAGAUGGGCGACAGCUUCGUCUCGCGAGAGAGCAUGGAUGACUCUGCGCUGAGCGAGUCGAUCCGAGAGUCGAUCGAAAUGGACGACGCAGCUGAGAUGCUCGAGGCCGCGCAGAUUGCCGCAGGAGAUCGACAAGACGAACAGGACUUUACAGAUGAUUAUCUGGAAGACAUUCCGCGGCGGUCGACGAGACAAAAUACAGUCUAGAGGUCCAACUGGUAUACUCAGCUGCCUUCCGGCUGUAUGCGGCCAACGCGAAGCAACAUGCAUGGAUGGAUUUGGAGCUUAUUAUUGGCAAGCGAAAGGUUCAUUUUGCGCAAGAAGUACCCCGGACUGAUUGAUGUCAUUGUUAUGGGCGCGACCCGAUGUUCUGGCAGUCUUCAUGACGACGACUCCCUUGGCUGACGCUCAUUCGGGUGUCUCAAUGGGAGCAAGCAGAACAAAACACGAGGGUGGCAAGGAUGGGAUCGACGACACUGAGCGAAUAGAAGCAUGAGCAUUCAUGGCGUAGGAGAAUCUUGAGAAGUUUGAGGAUACAUUUGCUGAUCCCAUGGCACUCAUAGCGAACUGUAAAUAUAUAACUGGGUUCUCAACGUUGGUAAGCUUGUGAUGGUAAAUGGGUCGAACUGUUCGUGGAUGCAUGUAGAGAGAUGUGACUUCCUACCUAGAGGUAGGUAACAAUAUGCGUG